AUGAAGAAGCCUACACUCCGCUUAGUCUCAAUAGGGCCCUUUCAUUACGGCCGAGAAGAAUUGGGGGACAUAGAAAUGCACAAACUGAGAUAUUUUAUGGAUUUCUGUAAAAGGACCUCGAAGAGCCAGAAGAGUCUUCUAAAGAUCAUUGAAGACGACGAAGAAAAAAUCCGUCAUUGCUAUUCAGAAGAGUUUAGAAACAGAAGUAGUAUUGAUUUUGUGAAAAUGAUUCUAUUGGAUGCCAUCUUCAUAAUUGAGCUCUUCUUAAAAACCAAUCAAAAAAUACAAAAUAAAGAAGAAGAAUGUGAUUACAUAUUAAGGAAACCAUUGCUUGGAAAUGGUAUACUACAUGACUUGAUAUUACUUGAGAACCAACUUCCGUUUUUCGUUCUUGAGAAAUUGUAUAUGUCGGCCUGCAAUGACAACCAUCCUCCCUUUCUCGAUCUUUUCUGCGAUUACUUUACUCACUAUAAGUGGGCAAAUUACUCCUUCAAAAGCGAGAAAGUAAAGCAGAAAGCAAAGGAGAAAGUAAAGCAGCAAGAAAAGCAGCAAGUAAAUCAUUUCACAGAUUUGGUAAGACUUUUGUACUGUCCACCAGACGUGGUAAAAAAGUGGAGCAGUGAAGAAGCAGGAAGGCCGGAUACUCGAUUUUGUGCCACAAAGCUUGAUGACGCAGGAUUUAAUUUCAAAGGAGUUGAAGAUCAUUCCAAACCCUUACUUGAUAUAAAACUCCCUACGUUCGUUGUUAGGCAUUGGUGCCGUGCUUGCUUAUGCUUCUUUUGUUGCUUCCCAUGCAUUUUCUGCCUCUGCAUUCUAUGUUUUCGGUGCCUGAACCACUUACUCCGUGGGUCCUUGGAAGUCCCGCAACUUGUGAUAGACUACGAGACUGAAGUUAUUUUCCGAAACCUCAUGGCCUUAGAGCAAUGUCAUUAUCCAUCUGAAGCUUACAUCUGCAGUUACGUUUGGCUCUUGGACCGUCUUAUCGAAACUGAAAAAGAUGUGGAUUUGCUUGUUAAAAAGAAAGUCAUUGCUAACAACCUCGGUAGCAACACUGAAGUGGCAACUCUAAUUAACAAACUCGGCAAUCAGAUUGUGGCAACUACAUCCUCUUAUGAUCAUAUUGCUCGAAGGCUUAAUGGUCGCUAUGAGAACGGUUGGAUCCAAUUAUUGGCAACCCUGAAAAGAGAGUAUUUCCCCAAUAUUUUUAGAGGCACAGCAACUAUUGUUGGACUUAUUGUCCUGGCUUUUACUCUCUGGAAUUUUCGGCUUUCGAUCGUGAAGAAGGAGGAUUGA